AUGGGCAUUGAUGAUGAUGAUGAUGAUGAUGAUGAUGAUGAUGAUGAUGAUGAUGAUGAUGAUGAUGAUGAUGAUGAUGAUGAUGAUGAUGAUGAUGAUGAUAGUGGCCUUCGUCAUCGAUUUCAUCGUUGAUUUCAGUGCUGGGGGAGAGCUUGCUGCCCAGAUACGUGAAGUUGUCCAUCACUUGCAGUUGGGUUUCGUCCACGCUAAUUUACGACGCAUUGUGGACAUUGAUGGGUGGCGGUGAAUGCAUGAUCACCGUCUUCUCCGUGUUUAUGAUCAGGCCGAAGGUGUCGCAGGCGGCAAAGAAUAGAUCCAUGCUCCUUUGCAUGUCCCCUUGUGAGGUGGCGUUCCGGACGUAGUCAUCGGUGAAGAGAACUUCAUGGACGUUGACUGUGGAGGCGUGCGACUGGAAAUGCAUCCGCCAGUGGUUGAGAAGGUGGCCAGCCGCCCUGUAGGCGAUGCGGAUCCCGGGGGACGUUCGUCAUAAAGGGCGUCCAUCAGCUUGGCAGACGGAAGGCCAUCGCACGUAAAGACGGUCAAUGAAGGGCGUUGAUCAGGUUGCACAGAGUGAAUGCAAGCUCAUCAUAACUCCUGCGGUUGGAGGGCGGAAGGAAAGCCAACAACUGCUACAAAACCCGAGAGGUGCCAAAAGGGCGACUAGAAAUAUAUCCGGCGAAUGGUGAGGAGGUGGCCAGCUGUCAGGUGAGCAAGGCGGAUUCCCAGCCGUUUGUCAGGAUAGACGUUCAUCAGUAUGGCAGGGAACAUAAGACUUAAGCAUAGCACUGCUUCAUACCGUUGUUCACCGUCGAAACAUGGCCGAACUACGGGUGAAAUUGAGACUUUAAUUCAACUGGGACACAGGCAUCCUCUCCUCUGAAGGUUUCCAAAUGACAGAAUGUUUCGACAUCGACAAAGUGUUGAGAAAAAGGGGUAUUUAGGUGUCAGACUUACCUCCUCAGAGGCUUGGAUAGUUUACAAAUAUGCAAAAUAUCAGACCGGCGUCUGAACGCUUGGAAAGAUUUGGUUGACGAAUUUGAUGCCAAAAUAUUUAAUACGUGCUAAGUGCCGGUUGAAAGUAGUCCGAUGGUCAUUCUGAAUAAGUAAAUUAAACAAUCAACAGUGUCAAGACUUUGGAAAUUUGCGGCCAAUUCCAGACUCGAGUGCCACCAGCAAUGUAAACUCCCUUCCACGAAGGCUGGAGAAGUAAGUUUGCAUUGAUAGACUAUAGUUUUAAAUUAAAUACGGUCAUUUCUCGCAACCGCUGCCCGUUCCUAAUCGUUUUCAGACUUGAAUUUAUUAAUUCCUUCAUUGCUUCUAUAUAACAAAUCAUCGCAUCUCAGUCAAUUCAAAGGCGUAAAUAAUAUCACGAAGCCUCGAGAAAAUCUCGUGGAAUCUACACUCAGGAUGUAGGCUGUUGGCAUAUCGUCUUGCAUGUGUUUUUAUUCUCUUUGGGACUUUAUCUAUGAGCAUGGAUAUUGGAUCCUCACGUUGAUAUCGGUCUGCGAGUUAUUAGAGAUCGUUUCUAAAUUUCGACGCCCAAUCGUGAGUAAGGAAACGAACAGUACGAUUUCAACGUUAUGGCAAGUCAAGAAGAUUAUUAGGAUGAUGACUGUCAUGAUGAAGAGAUGGAUUGAUGCUGACUUCUUUUCAUUCACUAUGGCAUGAGACAGCCUACCUGGUGUGGUGGCCCAAUGGGGAAUAGUUGAAGUUAAAACGGACACUUGCCUGUUGAGAAACAAACCACACAUAUAAUCAAGACUGCGUCAGUGAGGGCAGUUUUUGCCCCGUUGGCACACGACAGUUCGACGGCCGCUUCCAAUGAUGUCCACCUCGUGCUUCACAAGAAGGUGAGAACAUGGACACUGACUUGCGCGUGACAUAGUUUAUAGUGAAUGCAGACUUUCGGAGCACCUACCGCACUUUCUUAUCUUACCUCACCCUGAUCCCGUGUUAAGACAUAAUUUACAAGAUCAGAGGUGGAGGAGGGCGCAGGUGGCUGGCAUGGCCAAAGCCGCGCCUAGGCGUGCCGCCAACGGCUGGGUGGGAUCCACAGAGUGGGAGUGCCAUGAAGGCCACAUUAAGAAGGAGCCAUUGCAGCCUGACUCCUAGACCGCCAGACGGCCGCUCCACACAAACAUACACAACACUGGGACGACUGUGAUUUCCAAGUUAUCCCGUCAGUAGGCAGCCUUCCAAGCCACGGCUUUUAGCGCACCGUGAUAGCUUCGAGCGCGUCAGAUUGUUUAUAGUGAGGAGAAAGUGCGCUGAGUCGUCGACCUCACUCUCCCUUCCCAUCCCCACACCCCAGCCGCAGUCCGAGCCGGUCAGAAGACUGGAGUGGGGAAUGGGCGCGGUGGCUGACAUGGUCGACUGACCAUGUCUGCGCGCGCCACAGCACGACCUGGCCCCCCUACACACACAAACACCAGGAUUUCACACAACGGGGAUUGAACGGCGUGUCUCUCACUUGCGUGAGAGGGCCGUGGGAGGUGCUGUUUCAGCCCGUCCACACACACACACACAAACAAGGGGACCGACUGCAUGUACCGAAUGUAGGCGUCAAUCAGCAGCCUUCCCAUCCACGACGCUUGACGUGUCGGGGUAGUUUCAGACUCAAGUCGCCCGUGCAGCCGAAGCCACAUGUGGUGGUGGUGGUGGUGGUGGUGGUGGUGGUGGUGGUGGUGGUGGUGGUGAUAAUGAUGAUGAUGGCCUUCGUCAUCGAUUUCAUCGUCGAUUUCGGUGCUGCGGGAGAGUGUGUUGCCCAGAUACAUGAAGUUGUCCAUCACUUGCAGUUGGGUUCCGUCCACGCUGAUUAACGACGCAUUGUGGGUAUUGAUGGGUGGCGGUGGAUGCAUGAUUACCGGCUUCUCCGUGUUUAUGAUCAGGCCGAAGGUGUCGCAGGCGGCAAAGAAUAGAACCAUGCUCCUUUGCCUGUUCCCUUGUGAGGUGGCGCUCCAGACAAAGUCAUCGGCGAAGAGAACUUCGUGGACGGUGGAUGUGGAUGCAUACGACUGGAAGUGCAUCCGCCAGUGGUUGAGAAGGUGGCCAGCCGCUCUGUAAGCUUUGCGGAUCGGAGGAAGUUAGUCGUGGAGGGUGUCCAUCAGCUUGGCAGACGAAAGGGCAUCGCACGUAAUAACGGCCAAUGA